GAAUCCGCCGGAACGCAGAAUAGAUCGAACAAUCAGUCAACCAACGUUAAACAAAAGACAAUGCAUCUGCAACACAUAACACUCACCCUAGUCGCGGGAUUCUUAUCCUACUUCAUCGGCUCCGUUUCAUCACAGCAAGAAGUAUUCCGAUUGUUCCGAAACUGUCGAUACGGAAAACCAGAUUUCGACCCGUGCGUUAAAAAGGCAUUCAAUGCCCUGAGACCAUGGUUCAAGACAGGUCUUCCCGAGUACAACGUUGCCCCCUUCGAUCCACACAAAUCGGCGUUCGUCGAACAGCACCGGGGAGACCAAGAUGGCUUAGCGGGCUACCGGCUACAGUUGACCAACGUUUCCGAGUACGGUUGGAGCAUUUCGGAAGUAACCAAAUAUAAGACUGACUACAAGAACAAUCGUAUCAUCUACUCGCAAUACUUCCCAGAAAAGUCUCUCGAUGGACAGUACGACUUCCAAUCGAAACUGCUAGGUAGUCCACGGCACACCCGAGGAAUCUGGAAUCUGACGCUGUAUGACUACAGCCAAACUACGACCGUGACGCGAGUGGGCGGCCCAGGAGGGCUGCUGAAGGUUCGCGUCGAGAUCGACAAAAUCGGAGAUAUGAAACUGCACAUAUCCGAUUUGUUUAAUGGAUCGAAAGUUUUAGAAUCCCUGGCCGACUUCAUCAUUAACACCAUGUGGCAGCCUGGAUUUCCGUUUAUAAAACCUCUGAUCAACGAUCUAGUCAGUGUGGCGUUUACCGAUAUUUUCAACGAAUCAUUCCGAUACUUCCCCCUGCAUGAGGUGAUACGAUAGCAAAAGUUUUAGGUGUAAGGCUUUCUACUGUUAGGAUCGAAAUAA